GAGCUGAACUGGCCGUUGCUCGAGCCUUUGCAUCUCACCAGGACAGAGGCGAAAGAUCUCUGGCCGAGGAACGACAGGAUGACGAAGGCGUUCGUCACGGCCAGGAGGAAAACCCAGGUUGCAGUGGAGACAAUAUGAGCGGCCCGCACCGUCUGCAGGAUGUGAGUUCCUAAAGGUCGAACAACCUUCAGAUACCUGCAGAGGAGAGAGAGGCGCCAUUGGAGGACUGACAAAACAUGAAAUUGCUGUGUUCCUGUUUGUAUUGAUACAAUUGUGAAGUCUGUUUUAUGCAACAAGAGAAUCAAACUUCAAACUGGCCUACCUGUUAGCGGCGAUGUAGCCCAUGAACAUGAUGCUGGCGUAAAUGUUGAGGAAGAGGACGGCGGUGGCAAAGUUGCAGUUGAUGGAGUGGACGGUGGGGGAGUUGCUGGCGUACUUGGCGAUGCGGAUUGGGAGACAGAGGCAGAGCAGGAAGUCGGCGGCUGCCAAGUUCUUCAGGUAGAUCGUGAUGCUGCUGGACGCCGUCUGCUGAGCUCGGCAGAAGUAAAACUUCACGAUGAAGCCGUUGAGGGGGAGACCCACCUGGAGAGAAAACAUGGUGAGGAUGGAGGGAUUGAUAGUCAGUCAAAAGAAUUUUGGAUUUGACCUGAUGGACAUAAGAUCAUCAUUUUCUACCCAAUCAGGGAAUCAAAGUCCAAAAAGCAGUUGUUAUAGCUUACAUCUUUUACACAAGUCAGUAAGAAUGAAGCUUGUAUGAACCCGACCAAAAAACAUCCUGAUAUCAGAAAAGAUUUCGGUGAAAGAAUUAAAUCAUGACGAGUUUCAUUUCCUCAGGAAAACAUUAUCUAUGAAAAUGUUUCCUCUCGUGAAAAAAGGCAUAAAACAUCUGAACAGACUGACACUUGUGUCUUGUGUUGAAGAAGGAAAUGAACCUGAAUUGUUGAAACUCACCAGAAACACGAGACUGUGGACCAUCACGAAGAAGAGGUAGGCUGACCUGUACGCAUGAUCACAGGUCAAACCGUCGUCUUUGGUCUGGUUGGUGACUGAUGACCGAUUGAAGGAUGAACGCACUUCCUCUCCUUCUUGGUCACUCAUUUUUACAGAGGUGAACCCAAAUUACAAAUCUUCAUAUUCAUAGUCAGCCCAAGAAGACAAAAAGAUCAAGAUGUAUCACUUACAGGAACAAAUGGAUGGUUUCAAAUCAAUUCAGAGUCUUUAUUGUAACAUCGACUCUGUUUCAUAUAUCCUACUUAAUGGUCAGCUGACCGUAUGAUUAUGAAUAUUAAUAUCUGUAGUUUAUCAGCAUCAGUUGGUCAUUUUCAGCCCAUAGAUAUAUUUAUAAAAUUCAGCAUUGAAACAGUAAAAGUGCAACGAAGAGAGGGUGAAAUACUACCUGUCUGUGACUGUCAGUGUGGACGUCCAAAAGAAAUACUUUUCACUGAACUGCUUUCUGUCUUCACAGCAGAACAGCAAUGUGGUUAUGAUGGCUUCCGAGUAAGAUAGCAUCUCUACUAAAAAUAAAAACACAUGUUCUCGCUCACACACAGCUGUUGAGGCGUCAUUAUAUCUUCCUUGGUAGCUCCAAUGAACAGGCCACAAUUACCACUGAAGACUCUUUUUGGUGUCGAGCUCUCAGUUGCAAUGCCAGUCUGUCGGCCAAUAGAAGAUACAUUCUUUUGACAUCGUUGAUCCCACUUUUGUGCUUUUUUUUUUUUUUUUUCUAAAUGAAUCCAUUGAUCCAUAUUUCCGCUGCUUAUCCAGGUCUGAAGGUAGCCCAGACAGCUUUCUAGCCACGUCCUCUCUGAGCCAUGAGGCCUUGUGGGAUACACAGUGUAAUCCCUCCAGUGUUUCGGGUCUGCAGCGGUGAGAUCCACUCCAGUUUGAGUAACUGUGAUGUCCAGGAGGCGUCCUUCAUCAGUUGUCCCAAACUGUUGCAAAGAAUCAGCGAUUCCCCUCUAAGCGUUUCCACACAACCGAGUGCUGCCAAAUAAAUGCAGUUCUUUCACCAUCCCAAAGCUCAUGAGCAUAGAUGAGUGAUGGAAAGAACACAGAGCCACUAACAGUUUGACACACAUUACUGCUGAUGUGGCAGUAAUCUGUGUGACAAUAACAAAUGUAAAAUGUGAUAUGGUUCAACCCUGGCAGGGCCCAGCAGCCGCUGAGAAAGUGCUUGGCUUUUGGAAAAACACCUCCGGCUAUGCAAAGACUAUGCAUCGUGGGAAAGGUCAACAUGUAAACGCUUAGGAAUUCAUUGUGGAAGUACAAAAUCUCAUAUUGCUCAGCAUGAAAAACAAUGCCAAUGGAAAAGUCAAUUAGGAUCCUUUUUUUGUGAUGGACUCAAAUUUAAAGGCAUCCACGUGAGCAAAGGUCAGAGUAGUAUUAAGACCACUCAUGAUGUGUGAGAAGGUAAGACGAUGGUUUCAACAAACGCAUGAUUUUCAACCAAGAGACCGCUGUUUGAUACCACAUGUUGUGACAGCUUUUUCAUAAACUUACUUUCCACACAGGACGGGGUCUGCUGCAUGGAGCUUUACAGUAAAUUACGCUGUAAAAUGAGUCAUCAGUGUUAUUCACACGCUAGAUAAGGAAAUUCUCUCUCUGGACUUCAAAUACUGAGGUCAGGAGUGCAAAUUCCACGAGUUCAACUUCCCCCAGAAGGUUAGAAUGUUCAGACUUCAUGACUUUUAUGACUUUUUCGCAUAUCAUUCAAAUGUUUAUUCAAGUUUCCUGAAUAAAAAUAUCUAUUUUCAUUUCCUUUUCGUUUUUUUUUUGUGCCUAAAAAUUGUUAAAUUCAAACACAUCAAAGAUAUUAGAAUCUGCAAUGGCUUUCUGGAUUGUUGUGUAAUUGUAGAAUAAUUCCAGUCUGUAAAACCACCUCAUUCACCAGAACCAAUGAAGCAACAAUAUGACCUCAGCUUCUGCAGAUCUUUGAGUAAUGAUAAACUUCAUUGGUCUGUGUAAACAAAGCUUAUCAGUGUCACAUGCUUCCACAGACGGGGCCGAGCAGACUGUUUAGAAGUGCCUUGUUUCCCAUGAAGAUUUACUUCAACUGACAGAGUCCAACCUUCCUCUCCAUGAUGAUGAUGAUGCAGGUGAGAUUAUUCGUAGCUGUGCUGGUUCUUGCGGCCUCAGUUCCCUCCGGCUCCGAGUUUUAUCUGCCCAUCGACUGUGAUGACAUCUAUCGCCAAGACAACACCAGCUCCAGUGGGGUGUACACCAUCUACCCAGGAGGCCCCACCACGCCGCUGCAUGUCUACUGUGACAUGGACACUGACGGAGGUCGAUGGACUGUAUUUCAGAGGAGGAUCGAUGGGACUGAAAACUUCUUCAGGCCCUGGAAGAACUAUAAGACUGGAUUUGGGAAUGUGGCUGGAGAAUAUUGGCUUGGCCUGGAAAACCUCUUCCUGCUGACUAUGAGGAAGAAGAACAAGUUGCGGGUCGACAUGGAGGACUGGGAGGGAGGGAAGGCGUCCGCUCAGUACUCCUCCUUCUCCAUCGAUUCUGAGGACGCUGGUUAUCAGCUUCACUUGGGCAGCUUCACUGGCGGAGCGGCAGGGGACAGUUUGGAGGAACACAACAACAUGAAGUUCACCACGUUUGACAAAGAUCAGGACCAGUGGGAUAAAAACUGCGCUCAGCAUUUUCUAGGAGGUUUCUGGUACGGAAAAUGCCACUCGGCUAACCCCACCGGCAUGUACGCACCUCAUGGUGCCAUCGCAUAUGACAGCGUCCUCAACAUUUGGCGAACGUGGAAAGGCCCGAACUACUCCCUCAAGACUAUUGCCAUGAAGAUCAGAUCAGUCGCUACAUGUACAUGCACACAGUAACCAGAUUAUCUGUGCAUUAACCGGAUUAUGUGCGUACUUCAUCCUACAGAGACCAUCAAAGCAGGAUCAACGGAUGUUAAAUGCACAUUGAGCAUUCAAGACUGUCUGAGACGAGCCUUUCUUAGGUGGGCAGGUUAAUAACAGACAUGUUGACUAAACACACAGUGUCGCUCUUGUGUUGCACAACCUCAUUUGGCUGUAUGGGAGGGAAAGGUGUGGUCUCACAACAGGCCGGCUGACUUAAUCUCACACAGCAAAAAGAGUGCAAACAGAAAGAUCCUCCACUGCUGCUGGAUGAAGAAGAGGACAUGUCCUCCCACUGGAAUCAAUCAAGAUCUUAUCAUUGCAGUACAAAUAUUUGUAUUGUUAUUAAGUUUUGUAGUAGACAGCAGCACGACAUAAUAAAAAGCUGUCAUAUCAUACGCGUACACAAUCAUUCCAUGUUUAAACAAUUAGGUUUUUGCUCCACACCCUUGUUAAAACUAUACAAGAAACUAAAUUAAACAUUUUAUCAUCAGUUUUAUAUUUAAGUGAUGUUUCUUUGACUUCUUGCAAAAUAUAUAAAUUGUAUUAUUACACAUAUAUACUGUAUGUUUCCUAUAUCAAAAGAUGACAAGCGUGUUUCACUGAACUUUUAAUUUCUUUUUCAUUUCAAUUUGUAUUCCUCCAGACACACCAACACCAUACACAGACACUAGGCCUGUCAGGCAGCGAAACAAAACAAAUAACAAUAAAAAUGUUUUUUUUUAAACGGCAGAAUAAAUACAUUUAAAUAAAAAUACA